CUGCGCGAUACCGCGAGGCACUGCAUGAUACCGUGAAGCAAAGAUAAUCAACCAAAAACGCAAACAAUCUACGUGUGCAGCAGCAGUGAACGACGAAUUUUACUCCGGACACAGGAUGGCCGACCUAAAACGAGAUCUGGACGAAUACCUUCUUCUGCAGGAGAAUCAGAAGAAGAGCUUCAAGCUGGAAAUGCCCAAAAUCCCGUCGAUUCCCGCUCCUGGCCUCGUCGGUAAGCUGUUCGGUCGCAACCAAGAACCAGAGGCCAACAGUUGGCUCAAGGAUACGCAGGACACUUGUUGCCCCAAGCUGUCCCGGAUACAGCGGAUCGUUGGGUUUGUAACUUGCAUGGGCCUCGGAAUCUUCUGCAUGAUCGUGUCCACAUUCUACAUUCCCGUGCUAAUACUGAAGGCGCGAAAGUUCGCCCUUCUGUACACACUUGGGAGUGUUUUCUUUAUCAUGAGCUUUUCGUUUUUGAGCGGCUUUGGCGCCAUGUUCCGACAGAUGUUCUCCCGCGAACGGGUAGCGAUGUCGAUCAGCUAUACCUGCUGUCUCACGGCUACUCUCUACUUUGCGAUGGUGGCACAAAGCACUGCCCUCACGGUGUUGUUCGCGGUAGCACAGAUCAUUACCUUACUCUGGAUGAUACUUGCCGCAGUUCCGGGUGGCAUGAGUGGCGUAAAGUUCUUCGGUAGCAUGUUCCGCAGCUCGGUGUCCAACACGUUACCGGUGUAAGAGCCCCUCAGGGUGGCUUGCUCUUGUGUGAUAUAUGUUAGGGACCGCGUUAGUGCGCCGGAGAGCAAGAGAUUACUGCACACAACUUGGAUCGUCCAGGCUGGAGUUGGCCGCUUGGCGUUAUGUAUCAGAAGGAAUUUUGCCACGAAUUAGUGUACGAAAACCAGAAAAUAAGUAUUUUCUCAACAUCCCAAAAAUAAAAAUUCAAU